AUGUCUGGAAUCACCAACCGCUAUCGCCCACGGCGAACAGUCGUAUCCGUGAAUCUUAGCGAUAUCAGAGAUCAUUUCCCUUAUCCUUCAGGAUACAUUCCUACGCCAGCUUACCUCCCAAUUCCCGACACCCUCACCCAUAAUUACAACGCCAGAUUUAUUGAAAUUCCAUCCCGGAAAUGGGAGGCACUCUCUGAACUUGAGCAGAGGCUCAUCCGUGACGAGCUAGAAGCUACCUUUUUUCAAUCAGCAGCUGCUGGUCUACGCGAAAUGGAAGUAUACAGACGGCACUGGCACCCGUACAAAGUUCCAUUUGUCGGAAAGGUUGUUAAGAGCCAUUCGACGAUCGACUUCUUCAACAAGGAGGUCAUGAUUUACAUCGAUACGACCGCGAUGGGCCAUGGUGACCUCGCUUCCCUUGGACGCUACUUCCAUCGUGCAUGGCUUCACUUACACAACGGACGCCCUCCCUUCCAGAGGGGUGGGUUCAUCGCCAAAGUGAUGCAGAUGACUGAUCGCGAUGAGGGUGCCCUGCCCCGACUAAAGGACCUCCAUCAAAAGCUGUCAGUGAAGCUGAACAACCAGCAGCAUGAUCGGGUGCGAUUUCAUAAUCUGGGUCCUUGGGAGCUGAAACACCUACGUCCACCCCCGAGUCCAGAGGUUCAAUCGUUUCGCAACCGCGGGUACCGACUACGCCCUUUGUUCCAGGCGCUAUAUUUAGUAUUUGACCACCACUCUCCCAAUGGAAGUCUUGAUCCCUGGCCACCAGUAACAGACGGGCGAUACCCUUUUCACUUUCAGCAGAUCUUCAGCCACAGGAUCUCGAGCCAAACAGUCUUGCUGGUAAGGACUGGGGAUGAGACCUCUCUCUCCUCUUCGAUUAGCUUUCUUCCUCUCUACGAGGCCGGGUUAGCUUUCGAUGUCGAUCGGGAAGGAUACAGCGAGGAUCAUGUUGUGCGAGUCAAAUUGGAUGUUGCGAUUCAAUUUAUCUGGGACUUGUUACAAAGGGAGGAGAAAUAUAAUGCCGAUAUUUCACGGGUGGCUGAUGAACUGAGAGAUGAGCAGGAACAGUUUUGUCAGAUGUGGGUUGACGACGUGAUAUCUUGUUGUCAGAAGGAUGGGCUUGAUGAGUAUGAUGAACCUUGGCGGGCAACUCGAAGGGCAUUGGCCAGAAGGGAGAACGAAGCUUUUGAUAUGGACCAAAUUACUCCUUGGGAUGAGUUGUUAGAUCGAUGGGAGUAG